AUGCCAAUGAGAGUUGCUGUGGCGGGCCAGACGAGUGCCAGCCGGCCUCUGCCCUCGCCGGCUCCUGAUAUUAUGCUGGAUAUCCUCUACGAUUACUUUACGCGAGAACAGGUGAUGAGACGGCUGUUCGCCAUUUCCGCUGCCAAGCUGUUGUUCCGUGUUUCCAUCCUCGACCCGCUGGCUAAGGCUUUUAGGCGCAGUCGCUCUGGGGCCUCGGGGACCAAACAGUCUUGCCAUCGUGCUCCAUCGUGCUCCAUCGUGCUCCAUCGUUCCCCAUCGCAACCAGAGUUUUUACCGGGGAGAAAAGGGGCCCAGGAAGAGGCAAAUCAUAAUAGGAUUUUAACCCUCGAAAGUGAUACCAUGCAUCGGGUGCCAGUCUCCGUGACUGAUUAUUAUUUGCCUCCCUUUCCUCUGCUUUCCGCGCUCAAUCGAGAUCACCUUUUCAGCCGCGCUCGUCUCUCCCAGGUUCCCGUCUCGACUCCACUUGGAACAGAGACCGUUUGUCGACUACUUGAGUCCGCGCUCGAGUCCAAGAGCGACCUCCAGGUCGGGUUCAAGAUUGAAUUUUCCCUGCAACAGGGGUCUCCCCUGUCAUGUCAACCGCGCGUUCAGUGGAAAGAAUACGCCACCUCUCCACUUUCCGAUCACCUUCCGGUCGUUGCUCUUGAGCUCCUGUCGACAGGGGAGGUUUCACCUCGGGCGUCUUGGGGAGGGCAGUUUAUGCAUCAUCGUGCAUGA